CGGGUAAAUGUAAAUAAUGUUUUUACCAACACCGUAAUUGCGUAUCUGUGAUAUUUAUAGCUUCAAUGUUCUGUGAAUUGGAGAUGUUUUAGUCAGUUGUGUAACAGCCGGCCGGCAUCAAACACGCACAAGUUUCGUACUUAUCAUGGCCAAGGUAAACAUUCCAGCGCUUAAACUUAACAAUGGCAGAGAUAUUCCAGCAUUGGGCUAUGGAACGUGGUUGGGCCUAAAUGAUAAGGCCGAAUUCGAUCCUACAGAUGUACCGAAAAUGGUAGAUGCGCUUUCAUAUGCUAUUGAUAUAGGUUAUCGGCAUAUUGAUACAGCGCAUCUAUACAGAGUAGAGCCAGAGGUAGGGCAAGUCAUUAAUAGAAAGAUACAGGAAGGAGUUGUGAAGAGGGAGGAGCUGUUUGUUACUACUAAGGUAUGGCAUCAUUACCAUCGGGAGGCAGAUGUCGAGGUUUCGGUGAGAGCGUCGCUACGUCGUCUUAAUCUUGAAUAUUUGGAUCUUGUCCUAAUGCACUGGCCUAUGUCAAUAUCGCAAGAUGGCGUUGAUGAGAAAAUAGAUUACCUCGAAACAUGGCGUGGCUUCGAAUCAGUUUUACAGAAAGGCUUAGUGAAAGCUAUUGGCGUUUCAAAUUUCAACGUUGAGCAAUUGAAGAGACUCGUAGCCAAUUCCAAAGUUGUACCAGCAUCCAAUCAAGUUGAGAUUAAUCUAAACUUGGGCCAAAAAGAACUAGUAGACUACUGUCAAGCCAAUAAUAUAGUUGUAGUAGCCUAUUCUCCAUUUGGUACUAUGGUACCUAGCCGAAACCAACCUAACAGUCCUGAACCUAAAUUAAAUAAUCCAACCUUGGUGACCAUUGGCAAAAAAUACGGGAAAACUGUGACACAGGUCACAUUAAGAUAUUUGUAUCAACGUGGCAUUAUAUCCAUUCCAAAGACCGUGACGAGAAGCAGAGUGCUGGAAAAUGCUUCGAUUUUCGACUUUGCUCUCGAUAAUGAUGACGUCAGGACUAUAGCUCAAUUUGAUAACGGUUAUCGCACUGUUGUGCCUGCUUUUUGGCAAGACUUCACUAAUUAUCCAUUCGAAAAACGUCCAGUUAAAUUGGAGAUUCCUUUGGCUCUAAGAAGAUGGAAGAACGGGGCUAACUUGGACAUCGAAUAAAUAAUUUUAUUAAUGAAUUACCACGAGUUAAUGCUAUUAAAACAUAUUGAAUAAAA